UACCUCAAUUGCGGUCCACAUCUGCAACGGCGUCGCUUAGAAUCGGCUCAGCUGCAUCUUUCUCCUUAUUGUUUCCAUUGUCUAAAACCCUAGCAAAUUCUCAGCUCUCUCCUUCCUCCGGUUUUACAGCUUCGCUCUCUAUCAAAAGGUGCUUCAAUCCGAGAAAUGUUGCGUAGGAACAUUCGAUUGAGGAGAGAGUAUUUGUACAGAAAGAGCUUAGAAGGCAAAGAGCGAGUGCUUUACGAGAAGAAACGCAAAAUCAAAGAAGCCCUUGCUGAGGGAAAGCCCAUUCCUACCGAGCUCAGAAACGAGGAGGCCGCACUUCGCCAGGAAAUCGAUCUCGAAGAUGAAAACACUGCAAUUCCAAAGACUCAUAUUGAUGAUGAGUAUGCAAAUGCAACUGAAAGAGAUCCUAAAAUUUUGCUCACUACCUCGCGCAAUCCAAGUGCCCCUCUUAUACAGUUUGUAAAGGAGUUAAAGUUUGUCUUUCCCAAUGCAGAACGGAUCAAUCGUGGUGGUCAGGUUAUUUCUGAAAUUAUUGAAAGUUGCCGGGCACAUGAUUAUACAGAUAUCAUUUUGGUUCAUGAGCAUCGUGGUGUGCCUGAUGGUUUAAUUAUAAGCCAUCUGCCUUUUGGUCCGACUGCUUACUUUGGAUUGCUCAAUGUGGUUACUAGACAUGAUAUCAAGGACAAGAAAGCCAUUGGAACAAUGCCUGAGGCUUACCCGCAUUUGAUUCUUAACAAUUUUAAAACAAAGCUGGGGGAAAGGACAGCUAACAUUCUAAAGCAUCUUUUCCCAAUGCCAAAGCCAGACACUAAACGCAUUAUCACUUUCGCAAAUCAGUCUGACUAUAUUUCAUUCAGGCAUCAUAUCUAUGAAAAGCAUGGAGGUCCCAAGUCUAUUGAGCUCAAGGAGAUUGGUCCACGGUUCGAAAUGCGGCUUUAUCAGAUAAAAUUGGGAACGAUGGACCAGAGUGAAGCCCAGAUUGAGUGGGUGAUUCGACCAUACAUGAACACUUCUAAGAAACGGAAGUUUAUUGGGGAUUGACGCGACCUCGAAACCUUCAAACAUUUUACCUUUUUUUCUCUGUAUUUUGGCAAUUUUUUUGGAUAGAAUAUUCUUAAAGCUAAUUUACUCUUUAUUAUUAAAAUCUUGUUACUCUAUAUUCCCUAUCUGUACCUUAUUAAUAUGUCAAAUAGCGGCAGGACCCUUUCUAAAAGGUUCUCUUGUACAUGAGAUGGUAUUGGCAUUUACACAAGGACCAGGCACAUGCAUUAAUGGCCAUCUUUCUUUA